UCCGAGCGCGGGACAUUUCUUUAGCUUAAUCGCAACUCUGGAUGAACUUGCCGUCGAGGAGAUGAUCGCCGUCGCAGAACCGCCGCUGGAGUUUGUGCCGCGCGGCCGUCAGUCGGCCGCCGAGCAUCCCGGGCCGCAGGAUCAGCCGCUGCCGAGGUACCAGUUACCCACCUCAGAGCAUGUUCUGCUGCAGCGGCUGCAGAACGUUAACAUCUCGGCUGCUGGCGAAGAUUCGUCGGCUGGCCAGGAGUCCUGGUCAGUCCGGGAGAUGUACGACGACUAUGAGGCGACGGAGGAUCGGGCGGCGCGACGCAGACAACUAAUAGAAAGGACUAAACGAUGUGGACCGAAGGCUGCGGCGGCUACGCAGCUAACGUCUCUGCCGCAGAAUCUACUCAACCCGGCGCCGGAGCGGCGCGAGGAGCCGAUGUGCGACUAUAUGGUAAACAACGAGGAGGAGCUAUAUGUGUACCGGAACACUGUGGUGUGGACACAGGGCCUCGACGACGGCGACGAUGGCGUCUACAAGCGCAUGUGUUUUACGGCGGACACGCCCGUAAGGUAUGCCUGCUUCCUGAAUCGUAACUUUGUCCGCGGACGCCUCGCUCAGCUGGAGGCGGCCAUCCAAACGAAGGACGACGCCCUCACCGCCAUCUGUGUGAUGGACCAGGACUCGCUGCGCGUCUAUUGUGACGACGGCGAGGACUUCCUGGCCAACCUUGACUUUCCGGUCUCGCAGGUGUGGCAGACCAUCCACGGCCUGCUGCUGCAAAAGGAGUCCGGCCAGGCCCUCGUCUCGCACCUGUCCUUUCCCAUGCCGCGGCUCUUCUCAAUGUCGCAUCCCCUGCACGAGGCCUGCCCGGUGGUCCUAAAGACGGCCACCAACUCGAUCGGCUACAUGACCGAGCCGGAAUACAGUGUGGUUUUCACCACGGAGGACUCCGACCUGGUUCUGCUGUACGACGUCAAGUUCUUCAAGCACUUCGUGGCUCGGCUGCGAAAGGUGACCGUGGAGGAGGUCAACCAUGUCAGUCAGACCCAGGACCUGGGACAAACGCUCCUCGGGCCCAGGUCACAGUCGGCGGGCAACAGCCUGAGUGGCAUAAAGCAAACGGGAGCAACGCCCAAAGCUCCGGGCGGGUCGUUUAUGGUCAGGAGCAACACCACCACUGGCAUGGGCAACAUGUCUAAGUUCGGGCUCAGCCAGUCGCAGUCAUUUAGCGGAGUCCUCGGGCAGUCCAACCGCGCCUCCCUGGGAACGCCCCUGAGCCAGCUGCAUAGUAGCAUUAGCCAGCAGUCCGCGUCCAUGAAGGAGAUGCGCAAGAUAACGAACGUGAAGCCCGCUAAACCGAUCGAGCCGGAACUGUGUCUAGAGCACAUCUGGACAGAGAACAUCUACGGAGUACCACGCGACCUGUGCGAGAUGGCAACCCGAGCCUUCAUCCACACGGAUCUGGUGGGUCAGACGUUUCUGUGCUACCUGUUGGCCCGCUCCAGCCGCCUCCAGAUGGUCCGCCUCACGGGCUACGGCAGCAGCGAGGUGCAGCUCUCCACGCUGGCCACGACCCUAGCGGCCAAGGAUGCUGUCGGUCUGAGCAGGCUGCAAAUGAUCGCAGUCCUCGAUCCCAGCGGCAGCCUUAUCCUCUACACCGGCACAGUGCUCAUCUCCAAGGUUCACAUAACGCCGCUGCUGGCACCCACUCCAUCACCAGUGCCGCCGCCGCCGCCACCGGCUCAAGGGAAGACUGGGGCUUCCGACAACACCUCCUUCGUGGAGGUGCGACGGAGCAGUCUGCUGCCCACCAAGGCGCCCGUGGAUCUGGCUGGCUUUGAUGAGGAGCUGCACAUGCUGUCGCCGAUCCUGCCGCAGGCGGUGUCCUAUGCCCAGCGGCAGGCGCAUAAUGUCUGCAAGUCCCUGAGAGAUCCGGCGGGCAAUCGGUUGACCCUGGUCUACGCCACCGGCCGGAUGCUGCGAAUAGCCCUGCCGCUGUUGAACGACACCCGGCUACUGACCCGAUGCGUGGCCACGCUGCGUCAGGUCCUGAGUCCCAGCCAGUUCCUGCACUUUGUGAUCCGCUGGUACAGCGCCAGGAAUCCGCCGGGGUCGCGGGACUACUCCAUCGAGCAGGAGUGGCUGCUCUUCCGCAGCACAUUGCUCGCCUUGAUGGGCCUGACCGCUGCUCCCGAUGUGGAGGCGGCUGGGGGCUACGGUCGAUGCGCCACCCCGCCUCUGAAUGCCAGCUUCGGUGGCGGAGUGGCUGGCUCUGGCUCUGGCUCCGGCUCCAAUUGCAGCUCCAACUCGACGCUGGGCGCCCAGGACGAGCCGAAGAAGCGGAGAAAGUACAACGACUGCGAGGACUACACCGAUGACGACUGGGAGUUCCUGCUGCUCCAAACGACACUGGCUCCCUGCGGCGCCGAUGGGCACAGCUACAGCGUGGACAUCGGUGCGCCGCUCUUCCCGAUGAUCCCCGCCAUCUUCUACAGCCUGCAUUUGCUCUACGAGGACCUCAAGCUGGACGCCGUGUUCCAUGCGGCGCUCCCCUACCUGGCAACGUAUCUCCACCAGCUGGCCAUCGACAUGCAGCUAGACAGCUACGUGCUGCACUACAUCCUCGACUUCCCGGAGCUGAGCCAUCGGACGGGGAAGCUGUCGCUCCUGGGUGCCGCCCAUGGAGCCAUGAUGAUGCACCAGGAGUUGCUCCGAGUGCCCGCGCCCAGUAUAUUUGCCCAACUGGAGCACAUAGUGCUCGGCGAGGAGGAGGUGCUGCCCUACAGCUUUGUGGGCAACGUGAACGAGCGGAGCCGCAAUCUGCUGCAGCUCGUCUCCUUGGUGGUGCACGGUCAGGAGCGGCUCAAGCACUGGUGGCAGUUGCUCGAGCUACCCGAAGCCGUGCAGGCCAACUAUCCGCGGAGGCCCAAGCGCAGCAUUACGGCGGAUGCGCCGCGCAGCCAUCAGCUGCUGGAGCUGAUACUGGCCAUGCAACUCACCCGGCGUGACAUCGAGCGCUUCCCGGCGGCCGUCCAUCUGAUCGUGGCGGAGGCGCUGGAGGAGGCGCGUCUGGCGCCGCCCCUCGGCUGCAGCACGGCCACCUACGACCUGAUUCUUCGCCCAGAGCUGGCCGAGCACACCCAACUGCCGUUCAUGGAGGCGAGCAUUGGGCAACCGCAUUGCGGUAGGGUCUACAAGGAGGACUCCUUGUCCACCAGAUGCCCACCGCCCACUACCGGCGUGAUGCCGGAGCAUGACUCCUCGGACCCCAUGCGAUACGAUGACAUGGACAACAUGGACACGAAGCUGCUGCGACUGCGCUUCCCGGACGACAUGCGCGUGGAGGAGGUGCGCCGCUUGCUGAACAGCUCGGAGCCGGUGCUCAUCGAAGUGCAGCAGUCGCCGGGUACCAGCGACCACGAGUUCAUCGAGGAGCAGGAGAAGCAGCUGUUCGCCCUGUGCGCCCGGACCAUGACCCUGCCCCUGGGCCGGGGCAUGUUCACUCUGCGCACCAUGAUGCCGCGUCCCAGCGACAGCCUGUCCAUGCCCAGGCUGUGCCUGGUGGGCCGGGAACCGGUCAAGGGCACCACCAUCGAGAUGCAGCAGAUUGAGUUCCCCGCCAACAUGCACAUGUGGCCGUCGUUCCACAAUGGCGUGGCCACCGGCCUGAAGAUCUCGCCGCAGACCCAGGACAUUGACUCCACGUGGAUCGUGUACAACAAGCCAAAGGCCCAGGCGAACAAUGCUCUGGAGCACGCCGGCUUCCUGAUGGCCCUGGGCCUCAAUGGCCACCUGAAGAGCCUCUCCUUCAUGAGCCUGUACAAGUACCUGGUGAAGUGUGACGAGAUGACCAACGUGGGCCUGCUGCUGGGCAUCUCGGCCGCCCAUCGCGGCACCAUGGACACGAGAACCACAAAGCUGCUGAGCGUCCAUCUGGAGGCCCUGCUGCCGGCCACAGCCAUGGAGCUGGACAUACCGCAGAGCACUCAGGUGGCCGCCUUGAUGGGCAUCGGCCUGCUCUACCAGGGUUCGGCCAAGCGGCACAUAGCUGAAGUGCUGCUGCAGGAGAUCGGACGGCCGCCGGGCCCGGAGAUGGAGAACAGUGUGGAGCGGGAAUCGUAUGCCAUGACGGCCGGUUUGUCGCUCGGCCUGGUCACCCUGGGGCAGGGCGAGUCACCGGCCGGCCUGAGGGACCUCCAGUUGCCGGACACGCUCCACUACUACAUGGUUGGUGGCGUGAAGCGUCCCAUCAGCGGCUCCCAGAAGGAGAAGUACCGCCUGGCGUCGUUCCAGGUGCGGGAGGGCGACAACGUCAACAUAGACGUGACUGCGCCGGGAGCCACGCUGGCUUUGGGGCUCAUGUUCUUCAACUCGGGGAACACGGCGAUUGCCGAGUGGAUGCAGCCGCCGGACUCACGGUAUCUGCUGGACAUGGUGCGGCCGGACUUUUUGCUGCUGCGCACCAUAGCCAGGGGCCUGAUCUUGUGGCAGGAUGUGCGGGCGGAUAACGAGUGGUUCCAGGCGCAGUUCCCGCAAGCACUCCGCGUCCACCUGCGGCUCUCAACGGCGGAUGAGGAUGCGGCCUCCUCCGAUGACGGUGAUGUGGACUAUGAGGCCAUUACACAAGCCUACUGCAACAUCAUGGCCGGAGCAGCCUUCUGCAUUGGGUUGAAGUACGCCGGCACGGAGGAUGCCGUGGCCUUCGCCACACUGCGGACGGUGAUCAAGGAGUUCCUGCGGUUCCCCUGCUCGCCGAUGAUCGACUGUGCCGGCCGCACCACCGUGGAGAGCUGCCUGAUGGUCCUGCUUAUCAGCAUUUCCCUGGUGUUCGCCGGCUCCGGCAACUGCGAGAUCCUGCGCAUCAUCCGGUAUUUGAGGUCGCGCGUCGGUCCGCAGUAUCCACACAUUACCUAUGGCUCCCACAUGGCCAUUCACAUGUCCCUGGGCCUGCUCUUCCUGGGCGCCGGUCGCUUCACCAUUGCCAAGACGCCCGAAUCGAUAGCGGCGCUGGUGUGCGCCUUCUUCCCCAAGUUCCCCAUCCACAGCAACGACAAUCGAUACCACCUGCAGGCUUUGAGGCAUCUGUACGUCCUGGCGGUGGAGCCGCGGCUGUUUCUGCCCCGCGACAUCGACACCCACCAGCUGUGCUUGGCCAACAUUUCGGUGCUGGAGAUCGGCGCCACCGAGAUGCGGCGCCUGCCCAUCGCCCCCUGCAUCCUGCCCGAGCUGAGCAGCCUCCAGCUGGUGGUGGUGGACGACGAGAACUACUGGCCAGUGCGCUUCGAGCGAUCGCGUAACUGGCAUCAGCUGGAAAAGGCGCUGGAGAUGAGUGCACCGAUCGACAUCAAGAAGCGCACCGGUUGCCUCUCCCACCUCGAGGACCCGGACAGGCUGAAGAGUAUGCUGGCCCAGACGCUGACGAUGGAGCAGAGCAUCUGCUGGCAGAUCGACAUCAACGAUCUGCACCAGUUUGGCAACGAGCGGCUGGUGAAGCCGUUCCUCAGCCGCUGCCUGGCCACGAAGGGCACGGACUUUAGCUACCCGGAGCUGGUGAAGCGCCACCAGAUGAUGCUGCUCUUCUACAACGCUGUGGUCAAGGAUCGGAUACACCUGCUGCCCGUCUACCUGACAUUGUACGACCACGUGACCAAGUCCAUGAUAAACAACAUCGACGUGUGGCAGAUGAAGUUGGUAGACGCCUACUUGGGCCGGAGGGACCUGGCGGAGCAGCAUCCGCUCAUCUCCGUGGAGCUCAUCCAGAUGAUGCAGGAGCUGUUCAAGCAGGAAAUGGAGGACUCCACGUCAGAGCUGUGCCUGCCGCUGAGGGAGUUCCUCAGCCAGAAGCGUCUGGAGCCCAGCUACGUGACCACGGUCAGUGGUCCGGACCUGCAGCGCGCCUUCUGCGUAAUUAACUACUACAAUCUGAUGCCCAACAUGCUGAGUGGCGUUGACCUGGGCACGGGUAUGGGUCCCGUCAACUACAUGCGCAUCCUGUACGAGUGCCGGCAACAGAAUCUCGAGGCGCACACCAUCUUCGGGCUGAUGAAAAUACUCCAGGCACUCGACGCCACUACCGAGGUGGUGGUGACCCUGGACGAGGCGUCGCUGCUGGCCUACUCCAUGGCCACCCAAUGAGCCAAAUGAAUUGUUAGUUAAGCUAGAAUAUUGGUAUAAUUUGAGAAUGCUCUAAAGUGAUUUCAAUACUGAAAGUGUGUUAACUCUGCGGGAGGUCUUCUGUCGGGUAUUAAAUUUUUAGUGUGGCUCGAGAGUAAUUCUUGUCUGCAAGUAUUGUC